AACGCCGAGAUUGUGCACAAAUUAGGGAUGCCUUUGGAGGAAGGUCCUGAUGGUGGGGCUGAGCAGGGCAACAUCAAGAAGUAUGCUGGCUUGAUUCAUGAAGUUGGUAUCAUCAAGGACCAUGUGGAGAGAGAAAGGCAAAAAACUCGAAUUGAACAGGAGUCCUUGAAGGCCAAACUUCAAGAUCGGGAGAAGGAAGCCAUCGCGGUUCAAAAAGAACUUUCAAUUCAACUGAGGUGUGCUGGAAGGUCUUAUCAGCAGCUUCUCAACGCUACAAGAGAGUUGCAGGAGCAGCUGGAAAAGGAGAAGAUAGCACGUGAGAAAGACAAGCUGCCGUACAUCGACGAGAUCCGGGCUUUGAAAGCUCAGCUGAACAAGGGUGACAAGCCUUGGCGAGAUGAGAUCUCCAAGCGUGAUGCAAAAAUUUUAAAGCUCCAAGAAGCAGCGAGCAACCAAGAAGGACGGCUUCGAGAAGCCGUCGAAGCCAUCGAACCUGUGCGGAUCGAGGGGGAGAGAAAACUCAAAGCGGCUGAGGAUCGUGCUGAACAAAUUCAGCAAGAAGUCUUUGUCCUGCAAGAGGAGUUGCAGGAAGUCAAAGAACAGUGGGAGUUGGAGGUUGCGCAGGCGAGGGAAGCUCAUCACAAAGAGGUCAUGAAGUUGCAGAUCAAAAUGCACGAAAUUGAAGCAGAGUCCGAGACUAUUGCGGGUCCAUACAUCAAGCAAAUCAAGGAGCUAGAGUUACAAAAACAGGGGCUCGAAGUGCAGCUAUCACAGGUGGACUACACACCUUACGAGAAGCAGGUUGACAUCAAGGAGAAAGGCUAUGACCUUUUGGUGCAUGAUUUCAGAACCAAAGAGCAGACCCACAGUGACAACGUGGACAGGAUGCGUGAAGGAUUCGAAGAGGUCAUCCAGAAGCUGGACAGAAAGCUUCAAAGUGUAGAGAAAGAGUAUGAGAAGAAAAUGGAACCUUGGGUGGCCAUGGUAGCAGAAAGGGAGGAGGAGGUGAGGAAGCUUCAAGACAAGAUCAAGACCAUGCAGGAGGAAAAGGCAGAAGGUCGAGAAAAGAUCCAAACAAAAAUGCAGGAUCUUGAAAAAGAAUGCAGAAUUGCCAAGGAAAGCCUUGAUCUUUUCGUGAAGGAAAAUACCAAGCUUCGUCGCCAAAAAGAAGAGAAAGAAGAGGAAGAGGCAGCUCCCUCUCAUCCUCGACAAAGGAUGCAGGUCAUGGAAAUGCGAUUAGACGAAGUAACAAGAAGAUGUGAGAUUUUGAUCAAAAAUCGAGACCGGGAGCUGAAGGACAAGACAGACAUUAUUUCCAAGCUACAAGAGCGCGUCCUGCAACAAUCCAAGGAGAAUAUUGCCCUUGACCAAAAAUGGGAUGAGCGAGUGCAGCAGAAGGAAGAGGGGUAUGGUAUCGUCGUUGCUCAGCUGAAGCAUGCAGAAGGUCAGAUUUUGGAAGAAAGAGAGAAGACAGCUGCAGCAAAGAGGGAAAUCCAAAAGCGUGAUCAGAGGAUAGUCGAGCUCCGGCAAGAACACUCCGAGGAGCUUAGAUGCAGAUUGAGGGACAGAAAUCUUCUCUUCAAAAGGCUCCGGGAGCUGGAGGCAGAAUUGGCCCUCAAAGCAAACAGGGAAGAUGAAAUCAGAAAGGAGUGCGAGGCCGCCUAUGAUGAACUAAGGACUCGCUGUGAGCUACGUGAAGCUGACCUCGAAAUCGAGGUGGUGCGACGUGACAAAGCUCAAGCAGCGCGAGAGAAGGAACUUCUAGCUGUACGUGGGCAAUUCGACAAAGCUCGGGUCACGUGGGAAAGCAAAGAACGAGAGUUGGAGGUGCUUGUGCGUACGCGCGACCGACUGGUCACUUCUUUGAAGAACGAGAUUGAACUGGUUGCUGAAUCUUGGGAAGUGAAGUAUGACAAGCUCCUUAGCCUCUUCGACAAAUUACAGAAAAAAUACGAUGAACUGCUUGGUCCUGGUGGGCUUGCAGAGGCAUUGAGAAGGGCACGAGACCUCAAGGAAGAGAACGUGCAGCUGACCAGACAAACCCAUGAGCUCAAGGAGAUGAUCAAAAAGCAGAAACGGCAGAUCAGAGACCUACAGCUCGACAUCGACAUGCACAUGAAAGAGACGGCAGACUUGAUCUUGCAGAAAGAGCAAGGCAUAGCUGAAAUGGUUGGAGACUACGCCAAAUUACAAGCUCAAUUUCGAAACGAAGUGGAGCAGAAGGAACGAAUUACAAUUGAGCUGACAGAGGAGAAGCGUGCGAUUAUCGCGUCUUUCCAGGCUCGAAUAGAGCAGUUGGAGCAGCUGGUCGAAGCAAUGCGAUUCACAGACCGUGAGGAACUCGUUGACACCAUCGAUGUUUGGAAGCGGGCUUAUGAGAGGAUUUGCAUUGCCCGAGAUGAAAUCGAGGAAGAAUACCAAGCGCAACUCAUCACGAAAGACAAGCAACUUAGGAAGAUGGCCUUGGACAAUGCAGAGGAGAAAGAAAACGUCAGAAAGGAGAUGGAGAAGUGGCUCGAAAAGGUCCAGGAGGUCGAAGAGGAGUGGAAGAAGAAAAUGAUUCCUCUGCAUGUUCAGAAAGAAGAGUUGGAAAAGAAGAUCCUGGAGCUGGAGAGGAACUUGCUCAUAAAGGAGGCUGAGUUAAGGAGAGCCCUCAGGCUUGCAGAUUCAAGAUUAGAAGACCCGGAGAAGGAAGCUAUGAAAAAGAAGAUUGCCGAACUCGAGAGCAACAUCAAAAAACAAGAGGAAGGGAUUCGGAUUCUGGUGGAGGAGAACACACAGCUCCGAGAGCAUGUCGAUGCAGUGGUGGAGCAGGCAGAGGGAGCUCAAGAAGAUUGGGAGCCUCAAAUUCGAUGGAGAGACGAACGGUAUGAGGCUAUGAUGAAGGAGCAUGAGCAAGUUAAGCAGAUCCUCCAAGAAGAGAUGUUGAAAGCGCAGGAAGCCUGCAAACAGAUUGAAGAGCAGGUGCGCAGGUUUCCAAACCCGUUUGAAGCCGAGCUAGAGGAAUUGAAGGAUCGAUAUGCUCAAAUGCAGGCUGGAACCCAAAGGCUGAGUGUCGAGAAUGUCCAAUUGCGAGAGAAGCUGCAGGACCAGGAGGAAGCGUUUGACGAAGAGAAGCGGCAGUUGGAAGACCAAAUUCGUAUUGCUCACCAUAUCCUCCAACAGGUUACUUCCCUGGGCACUCUCCGGAACAUGGGCGAGGAAGCAGCUGCAGUCGCAAAGAAAGCGGGCAUCGACUUGGAAAAAGGCAAAAGAUCAUGAAUCUUGGCAAUCAAUGGCUGAGUAAGUCGGGAGGCUGCGAAAAAGGAUUGGUAUUUACAUAGCACGUUUGACAUUUUGCUGCAAGAUGGUUGGAG